GCUCCGCAGGUGAUGGCGGACCAGGAGUCCGGGGUGUCUCUGGAAACCACCGCGCGCCCUCCGCCCGGCCCCCUGCACGAGCGGGGUGCGCGCCUGGCCUCCGCAGCCUGUGGGGACCCCGAGCGCCCGGACCCCACCGAGGGCCCGGGGGCCGCUCUGCCUGCCUCCGCAGCCGCAGGCCCCAGCCUGGAAGGCGGCCUGGCCCAGACCGGGGCCCCGGAGCCCGGUCACGCUGAGGGGUGCGGGGAGGCCACAGGCGAGGGAGGCGCCAUCUGCAUGGAGGAGGCGGCGGACCAGCAGCAGGUCGGGGAGGAGAAGCCCGAGGUGGGCGCGGAGGCACGGGAGGUCCUGGGGCCGCUGGACCUGGGCGGUCUGAUUAUGGACCCGCUGGAGGCCAUCCAGUGGGAGCUGGAGGCCGCGAGCGCCCAGGCCGACAGGGCCUACCUCCGGCUGGAGCGCAGGUUCUGCAGGAUGCGCAGGUUGCACCUGGCCCGGAGGAGCUUCAUCAUCCAGAACAUCCCCGGCUUCUGGGUCACCGCCUUCCUGAACCACCCGCAGCUGGCAGCCCUGAUCAGCCCGCGGGAUGAAGACAUCCUUUGCUAUCUUAUGAAUCUGGAGGUGAGAGAACUCAGACACGCCAGGACAGGUUGCAGGUUCAAGUUCCGCUUUUGGAGCAACCCGUACUUCCGAAACAAGGUGAUCGUGAAGGAGUAUGAGUGUAGCUCCUCGGGUCGAGUGGUGUCCGUUGCAACUCCCAUCCGCUGGCACCGGGGCCAGGAGCCCCCUGCCCUGGUCCACAGAAACCGGGACACGGUGCAAAGCUUCUUCAGCUGGUUUUCACAGCACAGCCUCCUAGAGGCUGACAGGGUUGCCCAAAUCAUUAAAGAUGACCUGUGGCCCAACCCUUUGCAGUACUACCUGCUGGGGGAUAGGUCUCACAGAGCCAGGGGAGGCCUGGCAAGGUGGCCCACUGAGGUCCCUUCUAGGCCCUAUGGAUUCCAGUCUGGCUAAGUCCUGCUCUGGCACGCAGUACCUCUGUCUCCCCGUGGACCAUCUGUUUGCCUUCUCUGGGUGUUGGGUGGACCCAGCUCCAAGCCUUUGGUUUUCAAGACCAGUCUCUACAGUUCCCACGUGACUGCCAUGUGACUGUCAUACGCCUCUGCAUUCACAACAGGCCCCCAAGGCUCUGGACCACUAUCAUCUUCAUGGCCUGGACCUCCCUGAGCACCUCUUGCCCCUCUCCCCCUUUUUCACAGGAGUACCAGUGCAUCUUUGAGGUCUCAAGCUUCAAAGCCACACUGGUGCUGGCUGUAGCCAGCUGGUUUUUGUCACCCAAGAUGAAGUGCGUAUGCUUGGAAAGGGGAGAACCAGCAGACUUGGACAUUUCACGGCCUCAGGCCAGGCAUCUAUCAAAUGGACGAUUGGGUGGGUAUCUGGCAGUAUGGGCAGCCAGAUGACUGGGCAGGGUGAGGCAAGGGCACAAAGAGGCCAGCAAGGGAUUCUUUGUGCUCACACUACUCCUCUUGCCCCAUGUUGCCUCCUCUCCACUGCCUGAGCUGCACUCCACUGCACCUGGCCAUCGCCUUCCCGAUGAGCUUUGCUCAGGCCCCCCUCAUCGCUGGUGCCUAC